AUGGAGCAGCUGCCUCUGCCUCCUGCCAUCCAGCUCAAGGCAAGCUCUGAUUUAAACCUAAAUUUGCUCAUUGAGAAAAGAGAUGAGAGUCCCUACACUAAAUCCGCCAGCCAGACAAAGCCGCCUGAUGGAUCAUUGGCUGUGAGGAGACAGAGCAUUCCAGAGGAAUUCAAAGGCUCCACCGUGGUAGAACUGAUGAAGAAGGAAGGCACCACCCUGGGUCUGACCGUCUCAGGAGGAAUUGAUAAAGAUGGAAAGCCAAGAGUGUCUAACCUACGGCAAGGAGGAAUUGCUGCCAGAAGUGACCAGCUGGAUGUAGGCGAUUACAUCAAAGCAGUGAAUGGGAUCAACCUGGCCAAAUUCCGCCAUGAUGAGAUCAUAAGCUUGCUGAAGAAUGUUGGGGAACGAGUAGUUCUUGAAGUGGAGUAUGAACUUCCACCAGUCUCUGUACAAGGAUCAAGUGUUAUUUUCCGAACAGUGGAGGUCACAUUGCAUAAAGAAGGCAAUACCUUUGGUUUUGUAAUACGAGAUAAUAAAGUAUUUCUAAAACUAGAUGUAGUAACACUAAUAUUAAGCGUGUACCACAGGGAAGGAACUAUCAAACCUGGUGAUAGACUGCUCAGUGUGGAUGGAAUUCGACUUCUUGGAACCACACAUGCUGAAGCCAUGAGUAUUCUUAAACAAUGUGGACAAGAAGCAACGCUGCUGAUAGAAUAUGAUGUCUCCGUGAUGGAUUCUGUGGCAACAGCAUCAGGGCCACUACUAGUUGAAGUUGCCAAAACUCCCGGUGCCAGCCUUGGGGUCGCCCUAACUACCUCGAUGUGCUGUAACAAACAGGUCAUUGUCAUAGACAAAAUCAAAUCUGCAAGUAUUGCAGACAGAUGCGGGGCGCUGCACGUGGGCGACCACAUUCUCUCCAUCGACGGCACUGGAAUGGAGUACUGUACUCUGGCAGAAGCCACCCAGUUCCUGGCAAACACCACCGACCAGGUCAAGCUGGAGAUUCUUCCACAUCAUCAGACCCGCCUGGCCUUGAAGGGUCCUGACCAUGUGAAAAUUCAGAGGAGCGACAGACAACUUCCCUGGGAUUCCUGGGCCAACAACCAGUGCAGCCUUCACACCAACCAUCACUGUAACACGCACCACCCCGACCUCUGCCGAGCACCAGCCCUGACCCUCCCGAAAGCACCUCCUCCCAACAGCCCUCCAGCUGUGGUGUCUUCAUCCUUCUCUCCUACCUCCAUGAGUGCAUACAGCCUGAGUUCCCUGAAUAUGGGCACUUUACCUCGAAGCCUCUACUCUACCAGCCCACGAGGAACCAUGAUGAGGAGGAGACUGAAAAAGAAAGACUUCAAAAGCUCCCUGUCUUUGGCCUCGAGCACCGUGGGGUUGGCUGGACAGGUGGUUCACACAGAAACCACUGAGGUUGUACUGACAGCAGAUCCCGUCACGGGAUUUGGAAUCCAACUGCAAGGCAGUGUGUUUGCCACGGAGACACUCUCUUCCCCACCUCUGAUUUCCUAUAUCGAAGCUGACAGCCCAGCGGAGAGAUGUGGGGUGCUCCAGAUUGGAGAUAGAGUGAUGGCCAUUAAUGGAAUUCCAACGGAAGACAGCACUUUUGAGGAAGCCAAUCAACUCCUCCGAGACUCUUCCAUCACGAGCAAGGUCACACUGGAGAUCGAGUUUGAUGUUGCAGAAUCUGUUAUCCCAAGCAGUGGAACCUUUCACGUAAAGCUCCCUAAGAAGCACAACGUGGAACUUGGAAUAACCAUCAGCUCACCCUCCAGUAGAAAACCAGGUGACCCCCUUGUCAUUUCAGAUAUCAAGAAAGGGAGUGUGGCACACAGAACUGGGACCCUGGAACUUGGGGACAAACUGCUUGCCAUAGAUAAUAUCCGGUUGGACAACUGUUCCAUGGAAGAUGCGGUCCAGAUCCUCCAGCAGUGCGAAGACCUGGUGAAGCUCAAGAUCCGCAAAGAUGAAGAUAAUUCAGAUGAGCAAGAAAGUUCUGGAGCAAUUAUUUACACCGUGGAGCUAAAACGCUACGGGGGACCCCUUGGCAUCACAAUCUCAGGAACCGAAGAGCCAUUUGAUCCUAUAAUCAUCUCCAGCCUCACUAAAGGGGGAUUAGCUGAAAGAACGGGUGCAAUCCACAUAGGAGACCGAAUCCUAGCCAUCAACAGCAGCAGCUUGAAAGGGAAGCCUCUGAGCGAAGCCAUCCAUUUGUUACAGAUGGCAGGAGAGACUGUCACCUUGAAAAUUAAGAAACAGACAGAUGCCCCGUCAGCAUCAAGUCCCAAGAAGUUUCCUAUCCCCAGCCACCUGAGUGACUUGGGAGAUGUGGAGGAAGACUCCUCCCCAACACAGAAGCCAGGCAAGCUCUCAGACCUGUACCCCUCUACCGUGCCCAGUGUGGACAGUGCUGUGGAAUCAUGGGAUGGGUCAGGAAUAGAUACCAGCUAUGGGAAUCAAGGCACCACUUUUCAGGCCACAGGAUACAAUUUCAACACCUAUGACUGGAGGAGUCCAAAGCAAAGAGGCAGCUUAUCUCCUGUCCCCAAGCCUCGGAGCCAGACUUACCCAGAUGUGGGGCUGAGUAAUGAAGAAUGGGACCGGUCUACAGCCAGUGGUUUUGCAGGACCUUCUGACAGCGUGGAGGCUGAGCAAGAAGAGAACUUCUGGUCUCAGGCACUGGAGGAUUUGGAAACCUGUGGACAGUCAGGAAUCCUGAGAGAACUUGAGGAGAAAGCUGACAGGCGUGUGUCAUUGAGAAACAUGACUCUCUUGGCAACAAUCAUGUCGGGGAGCACUAUGAGUUUGAAUCAUGAGGCUCCAACACCUCGCAGUCAGCUGGGGCGACAGGCCAGCUUCCAGGAAAGGAGCAGCUCUCGACCACACUACAGCCAAACAACUCGGAGCAACACCCUGCCCUCAGACGUGGGCAGGAAGUCUGUGACACUGAGAAAAAUGAAACAAGAAAUAAAGGAGAUCAUGUCCCCAACUCCUGUGGAGCUGCACAAGGUUAAUCAUGUCCGGACAAGGGACUUUGACUGCUGCCUUGUGGUGCCUCUCAUAGCGGAAUCUGGAAAUAAGCUGGACCUGGUUAUUAGUAGAAACCCGCUGGCUUCCCAGAAGUCCAUAGAGCAGCAGAGUCUACCUGGAGGAGACUGGAGUGAACAAAACAGUGCUUUCUUCCAGCAGCCUAGUCACGGUGGUAAUCUAGAGACACGAGAGCCCACUAAUACCUUAUAG